AUGUCUCAAGGUGGGGGACUCCUCGGCGGACUCGUCGGCGCACUCGAUAACACUCUCACAGGCGGCGCCCAAGCCAAUGGACAAGGCGGCUUACUCGGCGGAGUUGGUGGUGCUCUCGGCAAGACAACAGAAGGACUCGGAAAUACAUUGAACACUACUCUUAACGGCGUUGGCGAUGUAGCUGGUGGUGCUACCAACACUGUUGGAAAUGUUGCUGGCGGAGCUACUGGUACUUUGGGUGGUGCACUUGGAGGUGUCACUGGUGGUGGAAGCGGAGGAAGUGGUGGUCAACAAUUGAACGCCUGGGGAGAACCAAUCAAGAAGUAA